CCAGGAACUCCUUGAAGAUUUAAAAAUUGAUUCUUGAAGAGACACAAUGGCAUACAGACGAGAUGAAAUGUGGUCUGAUGGACGGUAUGAGUAUGAAAGACUUCCAAGAGAGCGACUACCUCCGCGAGCUCACUCUGUGGACGACUACCAUAGAGUAGUUAAUGUUGUGCCUAAGAAACCACCUCUCCUAGACCGACCUGGUGAAGGCGGCUUCAGCAGAUAUGAUUAUGGCCACGUCGAUUACCGAGACUACGAUGAAGGUCGCAGUUUUUCUCACGAUCGAAGAAGUGGGCCACCUCACAGAGGCGAUGACUCCGGAUAUAGAUGGCCAAGGGAUGAUCAUCGUCAAUCUGACUACAGGGACGGCAGAGACGGCUUUAGACGAAAAAGCUUCUACUCUUCUCAUUACACGAGAGAGCGGUCUCCUCAUAAAAGAGAUGCUCCUUUCUUCAGGGAAUCACCCGUAAGCCGAAAAGACUCCCCUCAUAGCAGAUCUGGCUCCAGCGUCAGCAGUAGAAGCUAUUCUCCAGAAAGAAGCAAGAGUUAUUCUUUCCACCAGUCGCAGCAUAGCAGAAAUAAGGAUAGGCCUUCUGUAACGUCGUUAAAAACAUCAAGGGAUACAUCGCCUUCAAGCUCUACCACAGUUCCUUCUUCAAAGGUUGGGGAUGUCACGGAGUCCCAGAGACAAGCACCCAAGAGGCAGCAGGUCUUGGAAAAACCCAGCAGGCUCAGUGAAAAAGAGCUUGCUGAAGCUGCAAAAAAGUGGGCUGCUGAAAAAUUGGAGAAAACUGAUGAGAGCAAGUUACCUGAAAUUUCGGAAUAUGAAGCUGGAUCCUCUGCCGUGUUGUACAGUGACCAACCAGGAGAGGCAGAGACUAAUGUAACGGAGAGCACAGAACUGUCGGAGGACAAACAGAGUACUGAGCGCUCACAGGCAAUAUCAUCAAAAAUCAAAGAGAUUGAGGAGGUGUACCGACAAGACUGUGAAACCUUUGGGAUGGUUGUGAAGAUGCUGAUCGACAAAGAUCCUUCGCUAGAAAAGUGCGUGCAGUUUGCCCUGAGGCAGAAUCUGCACGAGAUCGGCGAGCGAUGCAUCGAAGAAUUGAAGCAUUUCAUUCAGGACUAUGAUUCUGCCCACCAAGAUUUCACAGAGCCUUUUUAGUGGAGCUCUUUCCGAAGCGGAAGGGAGCGUGCUUUAUCGUUUUCUCUGAAGACAAGAAAUCUCCUACUGACGCAUAGCGAAAGUAACCCGAGGUAUUUAAUGGACUGCAUCUUUGCUCUGGACCUUGAGGGGAGCCUCUCCUGUGGCCACAAUAUGAGGGUAAAGUCCUGGGCUUCCUUUUUUCUUUCUUCGCUGCAUUUUUUAAAAGCUUAUUUCUGGAAGGCAAAUUUCAAAACUUAUUCUUAUUCUGCAAUUCUACAGUAGGGCGGUAAUCAUUUCUAGAUUGUGUCCCACGGAUCUGAAUGUGCUUAGCACGGUUAGUGGGUGGUUUUGAGCUAUAUUUCCAUUAGAAGUUGGAAGCUGUUUAAUUUUAAUAUUGAAUGAUCCAAUACAGUCCCCAGUGUAAGUGUUGGGAGCCUUUACCCUGCUCCUGAAGAAGAGAUUUAUUGGAAUUGUUAUCCUUGAUUGUAUGACAUAAACCCUUAAAAUAUUUUAAUUUUCUUACAUGCCAACAGACUUGGAAGAUAACCAGUGCUUUAAAUGAUCCCAGGUUGAUUUUUGGUUUUUUGUUGGUGUCCGUGGCUUUGAAAUUUCUCAUUCAUUCUGAUUGAAUUCAUGUUGAUAGGAAUAAUUCUGGAGACCAGUAUUCCCCAGGAUUGAACAGCAUGGUAACUGGUUUAUUUUAUAAUUGAAAAUCAGUAUGAAAAAUACCUUCCUAAGAACUACCCAAAGCAAGUUCUAUAUCAAGAGUAAUAUGGGAUAGUGAAUGCAUUCUAGGCUUUCUUGCUUGUAACAUCCCUACAUUAAUCUGCUAGAGGUUACUCAACUGAGAACAUGAUUCUCUUGAGAAGUGGUUUGGAAGGUGAGUGAUAUUUUUAAAGUUCCAGUUUCUAGUCCUGGGAAGAAGUGCUCUGGAUAAAUUGCCUAGUUUUUUUUAAGUACUUUUAACAUUUGUGAGUCAGAUAGUUUUAAAGACCUUUCAUUGUUGCAAUAAAGAAUUGCUAAAAAUGGAAGAAAUGGUAUUAUUGGGGCAGAACCCUCCCACCCCGAAUUCUGCCGCCAGCAGAAUUUUUAACCUCACUGAUGGUUAAAAAAACCUCAUAAAUUUGGAUCCCAAGAAUCCAGCAUCCAGACAAGGAACUUUAUCCUUGUUUCCUUUACCUUCUCUGCCCCUGAAGAAGAGCAGUAGGUUUACAUUUGAAGUAGAAAGCAUUGCUCUCCGCUGCAGUUAUCAAAACCUCAUUUAAUCUUCGGGAUCACAAGUGAUUAUUCAGAAGCAGGGUCGGGAAGAGGGGCGCCGGGAGGCCUGGAAUGCUUCUUGUCAUCCGAUCUUACCUAGAGACAAGUAUAACAUGACAGACCUGCAGAAACAUCCAGCCUAAAAACACACACACAUACAUACACGUGUCCACGCACACACAAAGAUUUUCAACUUGGACUAUCAAUUUUGUCUGAAUUCGUGAGGUUUCCCUGGAAUGUCUAAUUGUUAUUAUUAAGACCUGUCAAACAUUUAGGCAGACAAGAAAAGUUAAUUGUGCCUUUGGUACAGAAGUGAACUUUCUUAGGUCCAGUAGGUCUGUCCCCGGGAAGGAGGCCCCUGAGAAGCGAAUUAGUCCCUUUAGGUGCUCAGGACAGUGGAUCACAAACUUCUUAGGUUUGCAGAUGUUUUGGGAGGGACAAAAGAUGCGACAAGUCACUCACUCCCCCCGCCCCCGCAGACUACGCUACUUGGACUCUUUGAGACGCCUCUUCAGAGGGGUAACCCUCUUUACUACCAUGACCGUUCCUCCUCAGAGAGGGAGUACCUCCUCCUCUCCAGGUGCCACUAGCCCUCAACUCCAAGCUGCUUCUCCAGGUGUAGGGACAGGGAACCCAGUUCUAUGAAGAGCAUGGCUGCACUCUGCCUGGAGGACUCCUACGGACUCUGGGAUGAGCGAGAACCCAUAGACUAGGGUGGGAAACAGCACUCCGGGCCGAAGGGACAGGCCGACUUGGUAGGGACCGGGGGGCCGUCGGUCACCCCCACGGCUUUUUGGGUGGGAUGGGGAGCCUCACUUAAGCCACCUCUCACCUGGUUCCCAAGAGGGUGGUUAAACCUUAAUUUCCUGCUGUCCCCCAGGCCAACCGGUACACCCCAGAAACACCCAGAACGAGCACGUAUGAACGUACAUACCCAUGCACGCACAGAUUUUCAUUUAGGACUUUAUGCUCAUUUGGUCUUAAUUAGCGCAGUUUCCCCGGAAUGUCUAAUUGCCUUUCAUCCUCCACUCCUAAUUUUGCACCCGGCCCGAUGGGUUCCCGACGUCCUCACCAAUCAAUCAAUCGAUCAAUCGUAUUUAUUG